AUGGCUAGCGAGCUUCGCACCGAGGGCACCUCUGUUGACAAGAAGAGGUCUGCCAAUGACAUUGUUAUCAGUACAGCUAGCAAUGGCGACAAUCGGGUUACCGACAUUGGCAAUGGAGCCACAUCCAAGCUCGAACGAAACUUCAACGUCUGGUCACUGCUGUUCAUGUCAUUCUGUACCAGUGUGACGUGGGAAGCCGCAUCAUCCGCUGUAGCCCAGGCCUUGACGAGUGGCGGCAGCUCCAGCUUCGUUUGGGGAUUUGCCGCCUCAGCCGUAGGAGCAUUCGCGGUGGGCUUGUGCAUCUCCGAGUACUCGAGCAUGAUUCCCACCGCUGGAGGCCAGCACCAUUAUGUUGCUGAGUUGGCGCCUGCCAAGUACCGAAGGAUUCUCUCUUGGUACACAGGUUGGGUCACAAUUUUUGGCUGGAUCUUCUGCGUCACCGCUGGCAUCUUUGCUACUGCCAUGCAGAUCCAGUCCUGGGCCAUCUUGUUCAGCGAGGGCUAUGUAUAUGAGAGAUGGCACACAUCUUUGAUUGUCAUUGGACUGGCCACCUUGUACACCGUAUUCUCUAUCUUUGAGAUCAAACGCCUGCAUUAUAUGAUGUUCGUAGCCAUGUUUUGUCACGUCGUUGGGUAUUUCGCUACCGCAAUCUAUCUACUGGUACAUGUGAAUCCAAAAAACACUGCCCAAUAUGUUUUUGCAGACUUCACAAAUCUCAGUGGUUGGGAGAGCCCUGGAUCAAUUGGCCUGAUGAGCUCAGCGAUUGGUUUCGUUGGCUGGGAUAGCUCAGCUCACUUGGCCGAGGAGAUGGUCAACGUUUCAAGAGACCUGCCUAGAACUAUGAUUGCGAACAUCGGUAUCAGCGGACUGUUGACAUUCCCUUGGGUCAUUGCAGUUGCGUUCUGUAUGACUGAUAUACAGGGAAUGGUAACUGGACCAGUUGGUACCAUCAGCCCCUUCGCCCAGCUGUACUACAAUGAGUCUGGAGGUAGUCAGGCAGUCACCAUUGGCAUGACUUGUAUCCUUCCCGUCAUGGGGUUUUUGGGAACCGGAGCCAGUGUCAUAUCAGCUACCUCCAGGAUCAUCUGGCCCUUUGCGAGAGAUCCGCGCAGUCUGGCUGGGGUAGACGAUCGACAGAAAGUGCCCGUUCGCGCCCUGAUCGUAACAUGCGUGACCAUUUCAGCUCUCAGCUUGACAUACAUAGGAAACUCAACCGCGUAUUGCGGAAUCAGCUCGGCUUGCACGGUCAUGCUCUUGAUCUCAUACGGAAUACCCACUCUGAUCAACAGCCUGUGGGGGUUCAAGAAAUGUUCUGUGCCAAGGGGUGUUUUCACUCUCGGACGUUGGCACCGCCCGGUAGCAAUCUUUGCCUCAGCUUGGGUUGGAUACCUUGUUACCUUCUUCUGCUUCCCGACCACGCUGCCCAUCACGGCCGCGACCAUGAAUUACGCAGUACUGUUACUCGCUUUCUGGAUUGUUGUGGCUACAGCUACUUGGUUUAUGUAUGGAAAGACAAAGUUCUCUGGGCUCCGGUCUGAGGUCAUUGAUGAGUUGAACUAG